AUGGUUGUCUCACAUGGUAGUGCUGGAUUUAUUCAAGCUUAUAAUUCGAUGUUAGGAAAAGUUAGACAAAGCUUUAGUUUAGCCAUAAACGAAGUGCAUACUGCACCUUUGCAUGAACGUUAUGUGAAAAUACGUUCAUUAAAUUAUGCCUUAUAUUUUUUACCUGAAGAUUUGCAAACACAAUUCAAAUUACAAAUUGAUGACUUGACUAAAUUAAUUGCCGACGAAGACGAAGCACAUCGACAGAAUCUAGAAGCAUUAUUUACUAAUGUAGACGAAGAUGCACAUGCGAUCAAAGAAGUCGGGAUGCUAGCUGAGCGAUUCAAAAAGCAAAAUCUGUCUAAACAUUUUGAAACAUUGCAUGAACAAAGUUUAGAGAAACUACGCGUAUAUAAAACAAAUGUGCAGAGUUCAUUAGAUAAACAAGAUAUACAGUCCGCGGUUCAUGCCGCGAAGAAAAUAGUUGAAUAUAAAGAAUCCGUCGGUGCGCAUAUUCCAGAAGUAACCAACAUUUAUAACAGUAUUUGUAUUCUAAUCAUGAAAGGAUUUUUAAGUUGCUGUGAAAUACUAGCUAAUAUAUCGACGACUGAGCAAACUCAGUCAGUCGAAAAAGAGUUUAAUGAUAUCCUCGUUUAUCUAAGAUUUUCUGAUACGUUAGAUAAUAAAGCCGAAGAAUUCUUUCCCUAA